UUUUGCUCGCAAGAUCUUAUUUUCUUUACCUCAUGGAUUUAGUGAAGCAUAUUAACUGCCAGAGGGGAGAAAAGUACACUGUUUUCAGAAUGAUUUUAGGACUUGCUCUGCUGUUUAUUCUCACGGAUGUAACAGCAGAGUUUGGGACCACACCAAAUCUUAAACAGAUUGUUAUUGGACGGUGUUUUGAAUAUGUAGCUCUGGCUAAUCUCAAUCACAGGUACAAUUGUGAAAAGAUAUGGCAGGAGUUUGAAAAGGCUGUGGUUAGGAGAUCACCCUGCGAUGUGAGAGUUAAUGAUUACCAAAAAAUGUUUCAGGUCAUCACUCAGACUUUACCAUGUGGCAAGUUGCUUUUCUGGAGUAAGACGAGAGACGUCAUGCACAGCUAUGUAGCCAUCACCGGAUCUUUCUGGACAUUAGAAAACACACUGCUGGGAUUCAUGUUCAAUGAUCUAAUCUGGUGUGGACAGCAGGAGAAAGAGAGAGGUUUUGACUAUCAGUCCUGUCCAAAAUGGUCAACCUGUUUGAACCAUCCUGUUUAUUCACUUUGGAAACAGGCUUCUCAGAGCUUUGCUCUGGCUGCAUGUGGAAAUAUUACAGUUUUGCUAAAUGGAUCAAUUCAUCAUGCUUUCAACAAAAAAAGCAUGUUUGGCAGUGUGGAACUGGAAAAUCUAAAUCCAAGUAUGGUCACUCAUGUACACAUUAAAGUAAUCUACAACUUAGAGGGACCCUUUUUCGAAUCUUGCACUCUGGGAUCCAUUCUUGGACUUACAGAGGUUUUAAAAAAACGAGGGUUUCACUGGACCUGCACAGACAAUGACUUGCAUGUUUGAUUUUCUUCUAUUAAAAAUAUUUGAAUUGUUGAGAUAUUGAGUCACAGCUUAUAAUUAAUCACCUGUAAGUUUUCAUUCCAAUAGCUGAACACAAUGUAUUUUUGACUAAUGUGUAUCUUUGCAAAUUCAGCUUCAUUUUUCCACUGUAACAUUGAUUGACAGGCUCUAAGUACACAUAGUACAACCUAUAGCAGAAUGUUCAAACCUCUAGGUUUUUGGAAUGCAGUUUGAAAAUCUAAAUCUGAAAUAACAAUGGUCACAAAAUGAAUAACUGGUCGAAAAGUGCCUGAUCCAUGUCAGGUAGUUUUGAGCAAGAAACACAUUUUAUAUAAAGUGUUUUUUUAACCGUACAGAUGCCUGUAAUCAUUAAUCAUACAGAUGCCUAUAUUGUUCAAAAUAUUCAAAACAGUAGUCAAUGAAGUUGCUGUAAGGUUGAUUAUUUACUGUCACGCUUUCUCAUAGCUUGUCAGCUGUUAAAUGUCUUCCUGCUUUUGGGUUUCUGCUGCUGUAUUCUGUUGGAUGAUAUUAAAGACCGUUGAAGUUU